AUGCUGGGAUCCUGGUUCGGAAAUCCUUCGCAAGAAAGUAAUUUGUUUGAUGAUCCUCCUACGCCAAUAGAAGCUCCCUCGGGUCCAGUCCGUUCUUUGACCUCAAAGUUACGCACCCCACAUGAUGCCAUUCUCGCUGACCUUCAUGGGGAAUAUGUCGAGCAAGCCGAAGAGGCUGCAAAGAGCCGUUAUUUCAACGUACCAUCGCGGCAUACAGAACCUCUUCGUGACCCAUAUGAUGGAUCUGUAGUCGGCCAGGUCGUACCCGCCGAUCCACUGCUUCAUCUUGAUAUGCGAAUCCCAUACUAUGAUCCCAAAACAGACGAACUGCUAUGGUCGCAUUUGUCCAAGGUAUUGGAACUGCAAAGUGAAAUAGCUGCGCUACAUCUUGGGAUGGAGGUUAUUGGGACGAAGCAGGGAGACCAAGCAAAGGGCAAAGGCAGAGCAAACAAAGAUGAUACGUGGGAGGGAAAGGAAGACAAGGACAAGCAUGAUGUUGAUGAUGCAGCAGAGGUUGGAGAGUACGAGCGCGUCGAUGUCAGUCCAGAGGCCGAUGAGGAGAAACAAAACAGGGAGCGAGAAGCAGAAUUUGCCAAACUUUCGCAUCAAUUUGAAGGAAGAAAAGAGGGAAUCCUGGAAGUCAUGAGCAAACUUGACAAUCUUUCCAAGGCUCUCACCGACUUUCAUGCUCUUCAAGAGCCUAAAAUCGAUUUCCCUUUACCUCUCAAUAACGUGUCCCCGUCAGACACCUCGUCCAGCUCCAUAUACAAAGAGAGGAUAACACCAACAACAAGCCUGUCGACAAUUGUGCCCCCCGCUACUCCUACGCGUGCGAAUCCGCCCGUCGUUAAUCUUAUUGUAAACACGCUUGAACCAGGCUCACAGACGCAUUUCAUCGACAGCCCUGAUUCACUAGCUGAACAUCAUUUUAGGCCAUAG